AUGGUGAGAAUAUAUGCGACAACACCCCAAUGUUAUAUUUAUCUCCUCCUAACACAAACUAGGCACUGCGUACUCGGCGGUCGCCUCAUCUCGCUGAAGCAGGACUCAUCGCAUCUGCAUUAUCGAGCGUCAUGGCCCAAGACAACCAGUAACCUUCCGACGCCUCCGGCCUCUGUGCCUCCGGGGUCUCUAUCACCCACAGCAGGCAGCGAUAGCGACAGCAAAGAGGACGAUACAGCAUCACUCUUGCAUAGCUACUUCGCUCUUUCGCUUUCAGUUGCUUCACUCUACAAGCAAUGGGCUGCUUCUGACGCCAACUUUGCCCGCCGUGCGCCCGCAUUCACCGGGAUUCGCAUCCUUAACCAGCCAGCCUGGGAGGCAUUGGUCGCCUUCAUCUGCAGUAGCAACAACAAUAUCUCGCGCAUCAGCCAGAUGGUGCAAAAGCUCUGCAUCUAUUACGGCCCGUACGUCGCGACCAUUGAAGGCGAACCAUUCCACGACUUCCCAGGCCCAGAGGCCUUGUCUGGAGACCAAGUCGAAGCCCACCUCCGCCAGCUCGGUUUUGGCUAUCGUGCGAGGUACAUUGUCGAAACAGCGCGCCUAGUGUCCUCAGAAAAGCCCGCAGGAUGGCUUCUCCAGCUCCGGAACCCUGCCUGUCCGGCUGUCGGUGAGACCACCACUACCACCGCGACCGCCACCACCAAGGUCGAACCCGAUGUCACACCAAAAGACGUCAUCAAGUCGGAACGAGGUUCGAAUACCAGUCCCCCAACAACACCAACAGAAGCACCAGAAGCAGCGAAACAGCAACAGCAGCAACCACCAACCUACCGCGCCGCGCACGAAGCGCUGCUCACGCUCCCGGGCGUCGGCCCCAAGGUAUCCGACUGCGUCUGCCUGAUGGGGCUGGGGUGGUGGGAGGCGGUGCCGGUGGACACGCAUGUCUGGCAGAUCGCGCAGCGCGACUACGGCUUCGGCAAGGGCGCCAAGGGCAGCAAGACCUUCACCAAGACCAUGCACGAUGCCGUGGGCGACCACUUCCGCGGCAUCUGGGGCGCCCACGCCGGCUGGGCCCAGAGCGUGCUGUUCACGGCGAAUCUGAAGUCGUUUGCGGGGCAGGCGGGGGGAGGGGGUGCUGCUGCUGCUGCGGCUGCUGCUGUUUCUGGGGAGCAGGGGAAGCGGGGGGUGGUGGGGGGCGGUGGUUGGGACGGUGGUUGGGGGGGGAUUCGGAUUUGCUCUCUGGGGGUGAUGCUGGGGCAGUGGUCAAGGUGGAGAAAGCGGAGAUGCGGGAGGAGGUCGCUGCGCUGGUGA